AUGCGACUCCGUCCGCCCCAGCUCGGUCGCCUCGGCCAGCGAACCCUCUCUCCUCGCCGGCUGAGCAGCGGGCCCGCUGCGGCGCUGCCAGCCUCGGUCGACGCGGUCGUCAUCGGUGGUGGCUGCGUCGGCGCCUCGGCGUGCUAUCACCUGCAGGAGCAGGGCCUCUCGACGCUGCUGCUCGAGGCUCACUCGCUCACGGCCGGCACGACGUGGCACACCGCUGGGAUGCUGUGGCGGCUGCGCCCGUCCUACGUCGACAUCGAGCUGCACACGCACACGCGCGAGCUUGCGAUGCGCCUCGAGGAGGCGCCCGGCGCCGCGUGGACUCAGAACGGCGGCCUCUUCAUCGCGGGCAACAAGGAGCGGCUCGCCGAGUACGAGCGGCUGGGUCAGACGGGAGAGUACUACGGCAUCGCCUCCGAGGUCCUCUCGCCGAGCGAGGAGUACGCGAGCCCCACAGGGACGGUCGGCCGGCGGGUGGUUGGCGUGCACACCUCCUGCGGCCAGACCAUCCGGACGGGCCACGUGGUGAACGCGUGCGGCGCGUGGGCGGGCGCCGUGUCGGAGAUGGCUGGCGCACCGCUGCCGCUGCUCGCGAUGAAGCACGCGUACGUCGAGCCGCUCGAGGGGAUGCACGGCGGGCUGCCAAACGUGCGGGACCACGACCUGUCCGUGUACCUCAAGGCGCAGGGCAGCGCGAUGGCCAUCGGAGGGCUCUUUGACCUCGACUGGGACACCUUCCUCCAAAACAUGACGGGGCACGUGCAGCGCUGCCCCGCCGUCGAGCACACCGGCAUCGCCUCGACCGUCUGCGGUCCCGAGUCCUUCACCCCCGACCACAAGCCUCUCGUCGGGCCGCAGCCGGGCGGGGGGGGGUUCAACUCCAUGGGCAUGAUGCUCAGCGGCGGAAUCGGCAGAGAGCUCGCCGCGUGGGUGCUGCACGGCGCGCCCACCCUCGACCUGUUCGGCUUCGACCCGGCGCGCUUCCACGCGUCCACCGUCGCCGACGCGCGCUGGGUGCAGGACCGGACGCACGAGUCCUACGCAAAGACGUACGCGAUCGUCUUCCCGUCCGACGAGCCGCUCGCGGGUCGUGGCGCCCGCCGCUCCGCGCUGCACGACUGCCUCGCCGCCGCCGGAUGUGUCUUCCAGGCGCGGCACGGCUUCGAGCGGCCGGGCUGGUUCGUCGGGCCGGACGUCGGCGCAGGCGCGCUGCCGCGGAGCUACGACUACUACGGCGCGUAUGCGGACGAGGAGAGCGGGUGGCGGUUGGGCGCCGGCCGCGCCGAUGUCGCCGCGCACGAGUCGCACCCGUACCUCGACUUUGUGGAGGGCGAGCUCACUUUUGGCUGGCCGGCCUCGUUCGGCCGCGUGCGCGCGGCGAGGUCCGGCGUCGCGCUCUUCGACCAGUCCUACUUCGGGAAGCUGCUGAUCAGCGGCCCGCGCGCCGACGCGGCGAUGCAGUGGGUGUGCGGCAACGACAUGGAGGGGCGCGCCCCGGGCGCCGUCGUCUACACGCCGCUCUGCAACGCGCGCGGAGGCGUCGAGGCGGACGUGACGGUGACGCGGCUGGCUGACAACCGCUGGUACAUGUGCACGGGCGGCGCGACGGCGUCGCACGACCUGCGCUGGAUCGAGUCGGCGCUCGACGAGGGCGGGUUUGGCGGCGGCGUGUCUGUGGCCGACAUCUCGGACGAGCUGACCCUGCUCUCGGUGCAGGGCCCGCUCUCGCACCAGCUCCUCGCGCCGCUCGUCGGCGGCGGCGCCAUCGACGACCUCUCCGCCUUCCCGUUCUCGACGGCGAGGGAGGGACUGACGGUGGCGGGCGUGCCGGACGUGCGGCUGCUGCGGCUCACCUUCGUGGGCGAGCUGGGCUUCGAGCUGCACAUGCCGGCGGGCGGCGCGCCGCAGGUGUACGCCGCGCUCCGCGAGGCGGGCGCCGCCCUCGAGCGACGGAGCGGCGCGCCCGUGCGCGACGCCGGCUACUUUGCCAUCGACUCGCUCUCGGCGGAGAAGAGCUACCGCCACUGGCACGCCGACCUGGCGUGCGGCGACUCGCCGCAGGAGGCUGCGAUCGGCUUCACCGUCCUGCCGAAGCUGCGGCGCGAGGACGCGCCCGGCUUCCUCGGCCGCGACGCGCUGCUCGCCAAGAUGCAGAGUGGCCUGCAGCGCCGCAUCGUCACGCUGACGCUCGACGCCGACGGCGGGCCGGGCGGGGCGCCGCCGCUGCACGGCGCGGAGCUCAUCGAGCGCGACGGCGAGCCGCUCGGCAUCGUGCGCUCCACCGCGUACGGGCACAGCAUCGGGAAGCAGGUGGUGACGGGCUACGUCCGCUGCCCAGACGGGCUGGAAAAGAUCACGCCCAAGUGGCUGCGCGAGGGGUCGUGGGCGGUGCGCAGCAAGCGGCGCGCGCCGCUGCCCGCGACGCUCCACCUCAAGGCGCCCUUCGAUCCGGAGGGUAAGCGGAUUGCUGGCGACUACUCCGAGGCGGAGGACUUGCUCGAGGUGGCCCAAUAA